UGUAUACAAUGUAAUGCCUCUGUUGGAAGCCAGUAUUCAGUCUGUCUGGCAAUUCAAAUCCCACUGGCAAUGGAUUUCAGCGUCUUAAGCUUCUUGGCAGAAUGACCGAUAUAAAGGAAAAAUAGUGCUUAUAGUUACAGCUGUGCAAAUACUCCUCAAAGAUGGCUGGUGUGGGUCUUCCGGGCUCCUCAAAGAGUUGGGGGGGAAGGCUCCCAACCAUUCGGUAUGAUCGCACGAGGGCGUCCCCAGAUCCUGCAGCUAAAUAAAUAGUCUCUGUUGCUCUGGGGAGCAGAACCGAACCAAGAGACCGACAUUUCACGGAAGCAAAAUCUGGAUAAGCCGGAUAGGACAGUAAGCAGUAAGGACUUUUUGGCAACAAUCACCAGAAAUGUUUAACUGGACUGGAUCGUCUAAUACGAAUUCUCCAUUAAGCAGAAAGGUGGACUAGUCGCAUUGAAUUUUCUUUCUACACGCCCCUCUGCUCCUAGGAGAAACAAACUUCGCUUAACUGCCAGCGGCUUUACAAUCAACGUGGAAAAACUCCGCGUAGACACUUCACGCUCCACCACCCCGCACACGGACGCGUCGCGCUGAUCUCGGGUAAGCCGAAGACCCAAAUCGAGCCGGAAGCCAGGAGGCGUGUUACUCAAUUAUUCUCCCGCUAUGAGGCCCAUGAUGGGUCUCUCAGGAAACAGAGGAGGGAUCCUGGCGCUGGGAGGAGAAAGAUGGCAGAGACGGAGGCUCAGCUGCUUAUGGGUGUAGGUCUGAUUGAAAAAGAUACCAAUGGAGAUGCUCUGUGGGUUUGGUGUUACCCUUCUACAACGACUGGAUUCAGGGACCUCUUAUUGAGAAAAUGCUGCCUUACAGAUGAGAGCAAACAGCUUCACACAUUCCUAUUUGGCCAGUACAAACUAACAUGGUUUUAUAUUACAACCAUGGAAAUUCCAGAGGCUUCUGUCUUGAAAAAGGUGACCCAUUUUUCCAUUGUUCUGACAACCAAAGACUUUAACCCAGAGAAAUAUGCAGCCUUCUCUAGGAUCCUCUGUAGAAUAUACCUGAAAUAUGGGAGCCCUGUAAAAAUGAUGGAGAGUUACAUUUCUGUCCUUACAAAGGGGAUUUGUCAGAGUGAAGAAAAUGGUUCUUUCCUAAGCAAAGAUUUUGAUGUCAGAAAAGCUUACCUUGCAGGCUCAGUCAAAGAUAUAGUAUUUCAAUUUGGAAUGGAAACAGUCAUCCUAUAUACUGCACUCAUGUUAAAGAAAAGAAUUGUAGUAUAUCAUCCCAGAAUAGAAACUAUCCUCGAAUUUACAAGGACAUUACCAGCCUUAGUGUGGCACCGACAAGAUUGGUCAAUUCUUCAUUCAUACGUACAUCUGAAUGAUGAUGAAUUAGAAGCAUUAAAAAUGUGUCCAGGAUACAUUGCUGGAUGUAUAGAUUCAGAGGUGAACAACAGGCUAGACCUUUAUGAUGUAUACGUGAAUCUGGCUGAAAGUGAAAUCACCAUUUCACAUCAAGCAAAAGAGGCAAUGACAAUGGGAAAAUUGCAUAAAGAAAUUGGUCAACUAAUUGUUCAAUCUGCAGAAGAUCCAGAGAAAUCUAACAGUCAAGUUAUAAAGGAUGUUUCAUUGAAGACAAAGGAAAUCUUGACAAAUCUGGCUUCAUUCACAGAGGUCAUUCAUGAUGGUGAGAAGCCAUCACUUAACUUAGAAGCACUGAAACAAAAGCGAUUUCCACCAGCAACAGAAAAUUUCUUUUAUCAUUUGGCAGCUGCUGAACAAAUGCUUAAGAUCUGAUGUUGUAUAUAAAUCUCAGUGGAGUACUUAAUAAAUUCUUCUUUACUAUAAUGCUUAUGUAAAGAAUUCUGUGGAAGAAAGAGUAGGGUUUUUUUUAAUAUAUAUAUUUCUGGAGAGGAUAAGCAAUGAUACAGGCUUGAAAAUCCAUCAGUGUGUCAUAAAACGUUCUUGACUACAGUAUAGAACUGUACUUCCUACAAAGGACCCGAAGACAUGAUGGUUUGAGCUGUGCAUUAAGGUGAAAUAGUAAUUGUCAACCCCAAUCAGCACCUUAGUGGAAAUCAAUAAUCGAAUUGUUAAUGCCAUGAACACUGUUAAAAUACACAAAUUAAAUAAGCCUUCCUCAAUUUGGCACACUCCAAGUAUGUUGGGACUGCAACUCCCAUGAUUCCUAACAUACUGCCUCUACUGCAGUCUCAGUACAUCCAUAACUUGCAAGAGAGGCUGAAAGUUAGAUGUUCACAGUAAGUCAGCUGAUACUUUGAACCCAAGAGCUGCAUACACAAUUUGACUUCCCUCAAGCAAUCUGUGAAUGUUUGACAGAUUACAUCGAUUGGCUACACUGCCAAAUACUCAAUGUGCCUGCUAACUACACCUCUCAGAGAUGCACUUUGGGUUUUUAGAGCAAAAAUAUAUACAACUUUUUGUGAUGAUGAAUCCUACUAGAGCUUGGAGCUGUUUUACUUAAAAACAAUCCUACUGAAUAGGGCAAAUAUGUGCAUUAAUAUAUCCAGUAGCAGCUGCUGUUAGAGAAAACAGCUGUAAGAUUUUUUUCCCCUCUCUUGAGGCAUCAGGAGGUUUAAUUCCUUCCUCCUCCUGCUUUUCUGAAGCUACUGUCCUCAUGGAAUGCAAGAUGUCAGCAUGUAUCUGGAAUUCUGCAGAAUGAAUAUAGGGCUGGGCCUUUUAUUUGCUUGACUUUGCCCUUCCCUUGAAUAGCCAUUGAAGUUUGGCUGCACACGUUUUUGUGAGAAAGUUUAGCUUGUUAAUUCAAAACUGUAGCAAUUAUAAAACUAAGAGGUUUGUAAAAAAAUAAAAUAAAACUAAAAAAUCUGUUAACAGUUGAGCCUAUGCAGUAGCACUUUGCUUUUUAAAAAUGCCAUUUAUGAUUCUUGCCUUCACAAAUAUAUACCUUUGCAUGUAAUAAUUAUAUACUUUUUAAAAUUAAUCACACUUAUUUCUACCAAUAUUUUAUGAAAUGCUGUUUAACAAUGAUCAAUGAUGUAUACUAGCAAUAUUGAGAAUCUUGUUUUUGACUUAUGAGUUGCAUAUUGUAAUACAAGAGAUAAAAAAGGAAAUGGGAGACUAUUGUAAAAGAAAUCUAAAUUAGUAUAUGAAUAUGACUAGAGCACCCCGUAUUUUCAGGGGUGUGUCAUUCACUUUUGUACAGAAAUAUAUGUUGAUUUAAACUUUAAAAGCCAACUUAAUACAUUUAAUUUUAUAUGACUGAUUUUUCCUUGACAGUAUAUCUUUGUCAAUUGUUAAUAUGGAUGAAAUACGGAAUAUUUCCCCCAUCAAUCGGUAUUUAAAAUCAAUUUAUCCUUGUAUUUAUUUUUUCCUGUUAACUAUAAGAAACACAACAUUCAUUCUGGCAACCAGGUAGCUCUCAGAAAGAUGGAGAAGGCUGCUGUAAUAGAAACCGUAAUCCCUAUUCUAUCCCCUCAAACAGGAGAAGAGCUAACCAAUUCAAUUUUUUAAAAUGCUGAUUUAUGCAUUUAAAAGUUGGUUCCAAUUUAAAAGCAGUUCUGGGUAUGCAAGAAAAAGAUUUCUUUGUAAGAAAUUAUGGUUCUAUGCCAUAGAGAGUAGCGCCUAGCUAACAUUUGCUGACCUCAAGCAGGGUUACACCUGGUUGGUCCUUGCAUGGGUAACUCCCAAGAAUGACAGGGUUAUGGUUAGGGUUAACAGCAAUCCUGUCAAACAGGUUACAGACUGUAAGAAGGACUACAUCAUCAGUUAAAUUAAGGGUUACACAUUAGAAGGGCAAGAAUAUAAUAGAGCAGAGGAAGCUUUGUUCUACGUGAUUUCUUAGAUUCAUUUCCUGCCUUUUCUCCAGAAGUCCUAAGCACUAUACUGAGCAUUUCUUUCUCCAAAAGGAAUAUGUUGGGCUGAAAGAGAGUAGGGCAAAGCCACAGAGUGAUCUUCCAUGGCUGAGGAGGGGCUUGAGGAUCUCCAGCCCUAAUCCAACAUCUCACUAU